AUUUGUUAGAUGAUAGAUAUCAUGGAGGUAGUGCUACGGACGUCCUAGAAACACGAGAUAAUGCGUCGCGUCGGUUCAACUAAGAAGGAAGUGGAUUCGCCGAACAAGCGGACGCAACUCGGCUUUGAAUCAUGGGUGAACUCUCUACAGGUGAAGGACCCCGUUUUGGGGAGCAAGAUAUCAGGAGAGCCGGACGUAGCGAUGGUUUUGAAACGAAUUUUCCAGAUCGAGAUCCAAGAGCUACUCCUGACACAAAAACUUAUGUUCUUCUUGCAUCCAUCGGCUUGCCGUAUGUUGACAAAACUUUUCUUCUUCUUGCAUCGGCUUGUUGCCGUCGACUGGGAAGACGUAAAACCCCCAUCUGUUUCAUUAUCUCUGAAUGUAAAUGUAUAGAAAGAUACUACUUACACUAAAAAACCACGACGCCCCGUCCUCAACCUCUAAUCUUCGUAUGGAGUUGUCAGAGAAGACACGAAUGGACCAGACAAAGCGAUACAUGACCGAAGUGUUGAUGCAACGUAACUCGAAACGCGAAAUUGAUGGAAACGUAACAGCGUCGCUGGACACGUUAAAUGACGAGGACGUGCGCAUGUUCUUUGAUGCGGGGAUGGUAUCUUUUCGUGAAUGCUGUUUGAUGUAGUUUUCUUCUUACUGCGUUCUGACUGAAGUCCUCUCUAGUACAUUCUUACUCCUUCGAAAUACUGAUCUUGGAAAGUCCUAGGCUCAUCUUAUUACUGCUGUUUGUUUUCUUCUUACUGCCAUUAUGCGGUUUCUUCAGUCGCUCCCCUCGCAUUAUCGUGAAGUUCUGGAGCUCAUUUUGCAGGAGAAGGUGAACGAUGUUGCGGACCGCCUUGAGAAGAAAUAUAGGGCUGGAGACACAGUCAAUCGCAAAGAGGUGAUAGCCAAAGUUCUGGAUACCGGAGAAAAGAAGGAGUCUGGACCGAAGGUAUGUGGCGAGUGCGGUGAAAUGCAGAGGCGGAUCGACGCCCUAGAGGACCAGUGCGCUGCGUUUGAGGCGAAGGAGUACUUGCGAUUGUCGAGUUGUCGUUUCUCUUUCUACUGUUUUACGGCUGGGAGUAGUCUCUCACAGCACUUUUUUGUUGAAAUUAUCUAACUCGCUCUUGCUCUUCAUUCAGCUUCACUUUCUGCACCUAUGUAGGCAGGUUCUUCCCGGAACUCGCUCGCGAUACAAAAAAAAAAUAAAUCUUCCAUCAAUAUAAAUCGCAUUGAAUCCUGAAGACUCUCACUUUCUCAUCGUCGAUCUUCGUACAGGCGCGCCCUUUCCAGUGCAGAAACCCGGUUGGAGGAAGUUAGUAGGGAACUCGAGAAAGCUAGGUGGGAAUUGAGGACUUGUAAGUCACAGCAUGAAGCAGAAGUGCAAGCUUUGGUCGUGCGCUACGAGUCAAUGCUGGAAACCACGAACCAGGAAAAAACCCAGCUAGAGGAAAUGAUAAGCUAAGGUUGAUACUGAAACUGAUAGCAAGUGGGAGCACGAGAGAUGAAUGCAGUCGUCACUUAGAUCCUAGAUCCAAUUUGAACAAUCUUACGGGUUGAAACAUUUCAUUUUUACAAGCCUUCUCUAAUUGAGAUAGCUACUAAAAAAUGAAAUGUCUCAACCUUUAACAAUCAACGCCAACCUCUCUUCAUCUUUUUUUACUUUUUCACCUCGUCCUCGGUCUCUACAACCACCCUUUCGAAUUCUCUCUCUAAUCGCAAGAACUGCAAUCCAAUGGCAAUGCACUGUCUAGUGCGAAACUGACAGAGCUGGAGAAGAUCAUUCACGAUCUUGAAGAGGAAGUCCGAAAAUCAAAAGAGAGACAAGCAGAGCAGGAGCGCCUCGCGAGACUGGCCGAUAGUGGAGAUGACGCGUAUUUCUACGUCUUUUUGAAAUUUGAAUUUAUGAUCCACAUCUAGAUCUAUGCUCAUUUUUUCUUAGCCUACAUAAGGCACGACCUUGUGGUCCUUGUGACUCUUGUUCUUCCUUUUCAUUUUUCUGUUUAACAGAUACCUACUCUUCUAACAAACUACGAGGAAAUUGAAAACUACCAUCGACAUCAACAUUGACUCUCUUCAUCGUUGACUCUCCCAAAGUUAAAAGCUUCCAUCUUCAUCAUUCCCUACAACAGCAAAGCCGCAUUGAUGGAAUUACGUGGGAAAGUUGAAACACAGCAGAAUACGAUACGGCAACAACGCGUGGAGAUCGAAGAUUUGAAGUCGACGAUUGAGGCACUGAGGCAAAGUGAGGCUGACUGGCGAGCACGAGCGGAACAAGCUGAAAGAACACUAGCAGAGACGCAAAAGCAAUUGCUGAAAGCGCUGACUUCAGGUAAGACUAUCACUAUCUUACUUUGUAUUCAGGGUAGAAUGAGAGAUAAAAAACAACGAUACCAGACCUUAUUAUAGAUACAUCGCAGAGGCAGAGAAGAUGAAUCGAUUUUUAGGAGUUGGAGUUUCCAGAAUGAAGUAGAAGAGGCAAGGACAAGAUCAUCUUCGUCGUCCAUGAUCUCCUCUUUUACUGUCAAACUCCUUCAGCUCCAUAAAGAACACAACUACUACUUUCAAAGAAUUUGAAUUGGUGGAUUCAAAUGAAGUAGCACGAGCAGUUUUGGACUUGAACUUUGACUUUUUUUUGACUUCUUGAACGUACAGGCAAAGGAUCCGAAAACGCGACUUUCGAUUCUCUUGCGGCAGACCUUAUGGCCAGGAUCGCAGAGGAUGCUAUGCAAGUGCACGAGAGGCUGUAUUUUGACGCGCAGAAAAGGCGGGAUCGAUACAAAGAUGCUUGGGCAAAGCACGCGCCUGUCAUCGAAAAGAAGUGGAUGGAAGCUCAAGCAGUACUGAGAGCCGAACUAUUUGGAGAUCUAUUUUAUGACUUCGGGAAACGCACGCGGUCCGGCCUCCACUUAUUUUUGUUCUUUUCGAAUUCUACUUAGAGACUAAGCAUUCUAAUAUUUAUUUCUAGCAAGUUAUAUAUUCUAACUCUUCUUCACGACCACCUUCAUCAUAUUUAAUUUCAAUCUCCAUCAUCUCCUGUCCCUGCUCUUCUAAUUUCCAAUCGAUUCUGAUCUUGGUGGCGUCCGAAAAGCCAAAGUGGACGAGUACGGCAUGGGUGAUCCUGUAACGCGAGCCUUAGUAGUGAUUGGACGAUUUUUGCUUGGUGCGAAUCCAGCAGGAUUGAAUAAAGGGCUAGAACAGCAAUCGCCCAAGAAAGGUGGCAGAAAGCCAAACUACUUGACUCCGUUGAGGAGUGGAAGUACUGGGGCGUUGCCGCCGCAAGGCAUAGAGGGCGAAGGGCUUUGGCUGUACUGACAAAAAUCGAUAGAUUACGUACUAGAUUCUACUUCAUCAUGAAGAUGAACGUUGUGAGAAGAUAGAUCUUCAUCCGCAUCUUCAGCAACACGCCUUGAAAAAAACAAAUUGCAAUUUACUUUAAGAACCACGAAAUGUUGACCAACUGUAUGUAUAUCUAUUGAUCGUCAUACACAUACUUUCAGCUGUUGUAUCUAAUUGUUGUUCUACUUGUUCUAAGCGUUCUUCACGCAUAUUAUACAUAAUAUUGGGCUUCCUUGGACAAAUAUGUCAUGUGUUUUCGGUCACUACCUUUACUUUUUUUUUUGGAUUUGGAGGUGGGAAAUAUAAAAAUGUCCAUAAUGCAAAGCCGACAAGGAGAAUUCGAUGACGAUGAGGAUGACUCACUUCUGCUUCCAGUAUAAUGUUGCGUAUUUUUUCAAUCGAGAUGGAGGCUCUGUGACGACCACGACCACGACCAGCAUGGUUUUCUAUAAUUGAUUCAUUAUGUGCCAAACAUGUACUAAUGUGAUUAAUUCCGUCGCGUGAAUUAUAGGGACCAUUAAUGUGGAAGACCUGGUGGAAUGCUCAUUCCUCAACAUCAUGAGCUGCCAUUUGACUUUUGAACAACUGCAUCUUUCUACGUGCAAAACGCCCUAAGAACAGCAUGUGCUUCCAAUG